UAAGCCUAAUCAAAUUACCGCGACAACAAAUAAUUAAUGGAACAAUUGUGGCUUCCCCUUUUCCUUUAAAGCCCCUUUUGCGCCGAAAGAAUGUUAAUCGUCAAAUCGUUAUUAUGCAAACAACUUUUAAAUAGUCGAUACAGAUAAAGAAGAAAAGAAAAAUGAAUUGUCGACGUCUGCUCUUAUCUUUUACUGCUCUUUUAUUUUUCGUUGUUGUGUGUGAAUGUAAAAAACCGGGAACAUGUCCUCCAAUAUUAUAUUCAAGUGUUUGCAAGCACACUUGUUUAUCUGAUUACGAAUGUCCUGGAAGGAUGCUGUGCUGUAGAACUUUUUGUGGUGGAUCAUUGUGUAAUCCACCAGUUUCCAGAAGGGUACAGGCUCCCUUAGGUGUAAAACCGGGAACAUGCCCCAGUAAACCAAGAGGACGUUGGAUUUGUUCAAGUAGAUGCUCUACGGAUCGGGAUUGUGGGGGCAAUAAAAAAUGUUGUAAAAACAGAUGUGGAGCGAGAGCUUGCAUGAAACCGGAAGAAGAAUUAGGACCGGAAAUAUAAGUUUCGUCAUGUUUGUUUUGCAAACUGUGACUUAUAUUUAGGAUCAAAAAUAUUACUCUUAUAGGCUCUGUAUACAUAUG